CAGAAUUUAAUUCUUCGAGUCGUCUUUGCUACUACACAUGCAGUAUUUUGUUAAAUUAAGUGUAAAUUCCUUUUCAUUAAAUGAAUAAAUAAUAAAUAGUUGUUAAGUGUUACAUAUUCGUGUUUUAUUCACCCCACAAUUAUAGACAUUUCGAAGCACUUCAUCAGCUGACAUAGAAAAUUAAAAAAACAAAAAAGCUAAUUGUAAAAACAUUUGGUACUCGCCGUCCAUCUGCCACAACAUCGAUUUUAUUCAACUCCAGCCACUACAGCCGUCUAAAAUCACACAAUGCCUUUACCGAGCUUCAUGACAGAAUCAGAUAUAGAAAUGUUGGGAUUAAGGCUAAUGCUGCUCGUUGUUGCCUGUCAAAACCAUGAUUAUGGAAUAAAAAUUUGGAAGAAACCUCCAACAUAUAAUUAUUCUAUUUGCAAUUUGGACUUGCUAAUACUAAAGUCAAAUAAAAUCUAUGACUUUAUAUCAAAACCGAUAUUCAUGAGCUAUUCAUCAAUAGUAAUUUGUAUCAAUUGUUGUCAUUUUCCUUGUCGUGCAAGAAGUCUACGUACGAUAAUUAAGGCAAUCGAAAACAACCAGACUUUACGCUAUAAAAUUAAGGUAAUUUGCACUUUUUACCAAAGCAAAGAGAAUUCUGUGUCUCAACGGCAUGAAAUGUUCGUAGAUUUCUUUAGUUUUCAAUUAAGUCAAUUGGAGAACACAUUUUUAUUCCAAGACUGUCAUUGCCGUUCAGGUGACUUAAUGAUUCAAAAUUUAUUGAAAAUAGUGGAAUGCCGGCCAUUUAUAUCGGUCCAAGAAUUGGAAUUGAUUAUACAAAAUUUCUGCGCAAUAUUGACAACAAGGAAAACCAAUGUCGAAUUGUAUUUUUAUAGUAUAAAUCCUGCUUUGGCCAUUAUCGUCAAUAAUUACUAUUUUACAAAUCACAUGGGAAUACGUGUAGGCAGUGAACAAAACGUUCAUGAGUUGAUACGUGAAUUUAAGAGAAUCCGAACUCCCUAUAUUUUAAUAGAAGAUAUUACUCGAGCUCAGCUUUUGAAUUUGGUAAAAUAUUUGCGAUAUAAAAAUCUAGAACAACUUGAGUGCUUAUAUUUCAUUACGAUGACUCAUGGCGCUGAAAAUGACAUCCUCUACACAAAUGAUGGGGAAUUAAACUUUGUUGAAGAUAUAUUACGACCCAUACAAUCAAAUGUUACCUUAAAGGAAACAAAUAUUUUAUUCGUCAAUAAUUAUUGUCGUGGUGAAUUAAAUGGUCUAUAUAUAACUCAUGAUGAUUCGAAAAAAAUAUUGCCCACCCAAAUUCAACAGUUGCAACCUAAUACUUCGGUAAUUUACAGUGUUCCUGAUACAGUAAUAUCACCAAGACAUCCUCAAAAUGGAGCACUAUUUAUAAACAAAUUUACUAGGUCGUUUCGUGAUUUGAAAUCACCCUCAAGCCUCAAUAACCUAUUUGAAAACGUCGUUGACAGUUUACAAAAUGAUCACUAUUACGAUACCCUGGAUUGUUUUGGAAAAGCUCCGGAAUUAGUUAUGGGCGAUACCACAAAAUCACAUAACAUUAAACCCAUGGCUACUAAUGCAAAGGAAACUGCACCAUUAUUUGUAUCCAUUACCAAGGAUUUUCAACAGGUCACCCAAUCACCUUCAACAUCAUAUUGUCUGUAUGGCAAUGUCAGCGAAAACAAAUUACAGACAUAUUCGAAUCAACAAAUAGAUGAUCAUUCAGCCGAAUUUCAGACCGAAUUAGAUGAAGAAGAAAAACGUCGCAUCUUGCAGUUCUACGAUGUGGAGAAAGAAGCUUUUAAAUUUGUACGAAGUAAGAAAUAUGAUAAAUAUCUAAAUCGUAUGGGUAAAAUUAAACAAGGAGAUCGUAUAAAUUCCUCUUCUGCAUAUGCCAAAAAGAUGCAUAAAACACUUUUCGUCGUACCAUAUUACAAACAAAAAUCUUAUUUAGAAGAAUUGGAGGAUGAAACUUAUUUUACUGAUAAUUGUUCUAAAAUAUUAGCUGAAGAAGGCAAAAAAUCUUAUGAGUUGGAAUCAACAUUAUUCGAGAAACGUGCAUUGCUGUUGCUUAAAGAUUAUCGAUAUAAGACUGAACGAUCUAGGAAGAUUAGUAAUGAGGAAUGUUUUUCGAAUAGUGUUCUUAACCAUCCCACACGCAAGAGUACCUCAAGGAAUACAUUCGAAAAAUCCUAUUAUCUAAAAAAGUAAUUACAGUACGGGCUCGAUUUGCGCAACCGAAAGGAAAUCGAGGUUGUUGCGAUAUUCGAAAUGUUGCAAUAAGCAACCACUAUAUACUCUAUUAUUUUGUAUUCUUUUUUUUAACAAAAACUUGCAAUUUAAUUAACAAAAAGUAAUUAAUUCAUUUAUUAAACAAAACAAAGUAAAAAUAAAUGGUGUAAAUAUAUGUAUAUAAUAUGUACUCGAAUAAAUAAAAAAAUAUUUUUAUAAAAAUAACUGUGAAUAAACAGCCAAAAUUCUUUAUGAGAGCAGUGUCGUCGUGAAAGUAUUUUUUAGGUGCCUAUGAUUUGGCAAAUAGUUCUGAAUUACGCUUCUGAUUAAAAAAACAACCAGAAUAAAUAGAGAAGAGAAUAGAAUAACUUCUGAAUAAUAUUACAUAUGAAAAAAAAAAAUAAAGUUGCACUUAUCGCGUCUGUUUUUUGAAAAAAGUUGCAGUUAUAAAGAAAAAUAGGCUGUUGCGCUAAUAGGUCAGUUGCAAUAAUAGGUAGUUGCACAAAUCGAGCCCGUACUGUAUAUGUAUACAUUUUUUUUUUAAAUUUAACGGUGACUUUAGUUACAGAUUUGUUAACAUUUCCCAUUUGUUCUGUCAGCUGUUUUGUGAGUGAUGUCAUAAUUUUAGCACAUGAAAUUUUGUGUGUGAUUUUUUUUUUUUAAUCAAAGUUUUACUAACAUUUAGUCGUUCGAUCUACAUAUUUGAAAUAGAUUGUAUUACCCCCUGUCUAUACUUGACAAAUAUUUAUCAUAACAAUAAAUGACAUUUGUUGUCAAGACAAAGUUGUCUUAGCAAAAGCACUAACAAUUUUGUCAUAACGAAGCAAUAAUACUAAUAAAUGGGGACUAUACCUGAUAAUUUUUUAUCUUGACAACCAUUUUGACGUUUAUCAUGAUAAAAAUUUGUCAAGUAUAGACAGGGGUUUAAUAUUGAAAUAUUUGUUUUAUACACAGAAAAAACUAUUACUUAUUACCAGUGUUGCCAAUUUAGCCCUUUUCUGGCUAGAUUUAGACCUUUUCAAUCUUGUUUAGCCACUAAAAAACUAAUUUAGCCUUUAGCCAUUUGUUUAACCUUUUUAUACCCUCCACCACCAUAAGUGGUGAAUGAGGGUAUAUAUAAGUUUGUCAUUCCGUGUGUAACAUUGAGAAAUAUUCAUCUGAUACCCAACAAAGUAUAUAUAUUAUUGAUCCUUAUGAAAUUCUAAGUCGAUUGAGCCAUGUCCGUCUGUCUGUCCGUCUGUGUAAAACACGCUCACGUCCAAAAUACGCAAACAAACUUAGUAGAGUUGCAAGAAAAAUGUUUAUUAUUGUCCUAAGCAGUUUGGUAUUGAAAAUCAGCGAAAUCGGUGCAGUGGAACCAAAGUUAUGAAUGAAAAUGUGGGACAACCUUAAAAAAAAAUUGAUAAUUUUCACAUAUUUUUGGAAUUUUUUUGUAAAUAUAUUGCAGCUAAUAUCAUAAAAUUUUGCACUCGUUACUUUUAUGAUAAAAGGAGUAACUCUGGUGAAAAUUAUAAGAAUCGGUCCAUGAUUUCUCCUAGCCCCCAUACAAAUUUCUUCCCGAAAUAUGGUUCUAUGGUCUAUAAAUGCCUACAAAAUAGGAAUAUCCAUAUGAAAUUCAGCAAAAAUAAGUUUCGUGGUAAAAGAAAUUAUAUUACAAAAUUUUUCGUGGAUCGGCCCAUAUUAGACCAUAGCCCCCAUAUAAAGUACACUUCCGAAAAUCUCUUAAAUAAGCAUAAAUGUCUUAUAAAUAUCGCUAUCAAGUUGAAAUUAGACAUGAAUAAUCCCCAUAUAUACCAAAAUCGCUGUACCUAAUUCUCUGAAGAUCGGCCGAUAAUUGGUUAUAGCUUCCAUAUAAGGACCACUUCCGAAAAACACAAUAACCUACAUAAAUAUCUAAAAAAUAUCAAUAUCAAAACAAAAUUUCACACACAUCCAUAGUUUAUAUUUAGAAAUCAUACUACUGGAUUUUGUGAAUAUCGGUCCAUAUUUGACCAUAGCUCCCAUAUAAGGUCCACUUCCAAAAAUCAGUUAAGUACUCAUAAAUCUCUUAUAAAUACAUUUAUCAUGCUAAAAUUCCACACAAAUUAUACUCAUAUAUAUAGAUAUCACUGUUCCAAAUUACGCACAGAUCCAGUAAUUUGAAUCCAGUAAUCAUACUUCUGGAUUUUGUGAAUAUUGGUCCAUAUUUAACCAUAGCUCCCAUAUAAGGUCCACUCCCGAAAAUCACUAAAAUCCUCAUAAAUUUCUUACAAAUAUAGUUAUCAGGUUGAAAUUCAAAACAAAUUUAUUCAAUAUAUACAAAAAUCGAUGUACCAAAUUGUAUGAUGAUAGGCCCAUAAUUGGUCAUAACCUCCAUAUAAGAACCACUUCAGCAAAACAUAUUAACCUGCACAAAUAUCCAUAAAAAUCUAUACUGAAACAAAAUUUUAUACCGAUCAGUAAUUUGUAUCCAAGAAUCGUACUACAAGUUUUUUUAAAUAUUGGUCCAUAAUUCGGCAUAGCUCCCAUAUAAGGUCCACUCUUGUUAAUAGCGUUGUUUAUAUGAAAUUCUACAAAAAUAGCCCUUAAAUACUUAGGACCAUAAUAGGUCAUAGCAUCCAUAUAUUAAACCAAAAUAAUACACAGAUCAGUAAUUUGUAUUCAAAUAUCAUAAUACUGAAUUUUGUGAAUAUUGGUCCAUAAUUGGCCACAGCUCUCAUAUAAAUAUAUAAAAAUCACGUAAAAAUAUUUUAUGACAAUCGAAUCAUAAUAGGUCAUAGCUACCACAUAAGUCCCACAACCAAAUAUUUUGAAAUUUGUCUAAAUAUAUUUGUAUGCCCUUUUUUUAUACUCUGUUUCUUCACUUGAGGUUAAAAGGGAAAAAUGUUGAUCCAAACGUAUUAACUAAUUAUUAAGUAUAUAAAUUGUUAAAUUUCAUUUCAUAAGGUCCAGACUUAAACUCGACAACACUUCCCCUUUGCGCAUGUGAAAUUUCAUUAAAAUCGGACUAAGGGUUUAGAGGUUACAGAUUUAUUUCCCUCUUUUUUUCUCAUACCACUGUGCGCCACUUUGACACUCAGAUAUUGUAGAUCGUUUAACCCAGUUCCAACAAACUGUUAACGGUUACCUAUGUAAGAAAAUAAUAAUUUACACGAAGAUUUAGAAAAAUUAAGUUUAGACGACAAUUUCUCAAUUAAAAGACAAUAAUUAACUGUGUCAAACGUUCUAAUAGGAAUUUCAGUUAUAAAUUGCUGAAUUAGAUACAAUUGUUUGUACAUUUGAAAUAAAAUAUCUUCUGCGUAAACUAGUCUUUCUAACAAUUGUUAUAUUAUUUCAGCUUUUAUACUAUCAUAUUUAGGUGGAGGGUAUUUAAGAUUCGGCACGGCCGAAUAUAGUACUCUUACUUGUUUAUACUCUGUUUCUUCACUUGAGGUUAAAAAGGAAAAAUGUUGAUCCAAACGUAUUAACUAAUUAUUAAGUAUUAUUAAAUUUCAUACGUUCCAAUAUGAAUUUCAAUUAUAAAUUGCUGAGUUAGAUACAAUUUUUAUGUACUUUUGAAAUAUGUACUUUUCUAACAAUUGUUAAGUAUAUUAUUUCAGUUGUUAUACCAUCAUAUUUAGGUGGAGGGUAUUUAAGAUUCGGCACGGCCGUAUAUAGACCUCUUACUUGUUUAUACUCUGUUUCUUCACUUGAGGUUAAAAAGGAAACAUGUUGAUUCAAAUGUAAUAACUAAUUACACUAUGCAACAAAUGAAGACUUUUGGAAAAACACAAGAUCAUGACAGUAUAGGUUCGACUCUACUACCAAAGGGUAGUAAAACCCUAUACUCAGUUUUUCCAUUUUGGUGACCGAUUUUUUUUUAUGGGCCCCAAAGUUUCUGAAAAUCAGCUGGGCCUCUAAAAACUGUGUCAUCAGUUUUUGGUUAACAGCUAAUUCAGACUUUGUGAUACGACUUAACUUUAUAUGGCAAUAAUAUAGCUAAGAGUCCGCCAAAUAAAUUUUGUUAAAAUUUGUUUCCAAAAAAUAGCUUUUUCGUGUACUUUUCUUGAAAAAAUAUAUUUUAUAUUUAAGUUUAAUUUUUUUUUAAAUUUUUUAAAAAAAAUCGGUCACCAAAACGGACAAACUGAGUAUAGGGUUUUACUACCCUUUGGUAGUAGAGUCGAACCUAUAUAGUCACGGUCGUGUGUUUUUUUCACUGUUGCACUGUGUUAUUAAGUAUAUAAAUUGUUCUAAUAGGAAUUUCAAUUAUAAAUUGCAGAAUUAGAUAACAUUUUUUGCAAACUAGUCUUUCUAACAAUUGUUAUAUUAUUUCAGUUGUUAUACCAUCAUAAUUAGGUGGAGGAUAUUUAAGAUUCGGCAUGGCCGAAUAUAGUACUCUUACUUGUUUAAUUUAAAAAUGUUAGCUAUUUUUUAUCCUUUUAGCCUUUUGUUCACCAAGAAUUGGCAACACUGCUUAUUACAUACAUUACAUACAAUAAAACAUGUAAAAUAAUUUAUAUCUUUUAAAUGUACACAUACAUAUGUUAAAUAAUUAUAAUAAAAAUUAAAAAUUUU